AUGAAUUUAUCCUGUAUUAUCCUAUUGAUUUUGGCAUGUAUGUCAAGAGUUUUCAGUCAUGGCAAAAGAUAUUUAUUUUAUGAUGUGUUAUAUGGAGAAGGUUUUAAUUUGAGACGUGAUGUUUAUAUUCGGAUUGCCAAUACAGUACGCCUUUUAAGAGACCCAAGUCAAAUACCAAAUUUUGCUUUACACAACGUAAACGUAAAAAAUUUAACUGGUGAUGAUUGGAUUCUAGUUUUACCACCUUGGGGUCCACUUCCUCAUUGGUUCAAUGAUAGAUCAUAUGAAAGAUAUACAAAUCAUAGUUAUUUUAAUAAUUGGUCAGGCAUUCCAUGGUCAAUGUUUUUUGAUUUAAACAGUCUCUCAUUAUUUAUACCAGUUAUGGAUUUAAUUGAAUUUCAACGCAGUAAUGUAUUGGAUUCACAACAAUCAUUAUUAAACAGGUCAUCCAAUCAUCCGUUGACAAUCGAUUUAGCUCUUCAGUUAGUUCGUGAAGAUUUUAAUGGAAAAUUGGGGCAAUAUUCAAAUGUUAAUAAUCGUAAAGUAGAUUUUUGUCCUUUUGAAUUACGUGAAUUAUAUCGAUUAAAUGACUCAACAUUGUCAUCAUCAUCGUCAUUCAGUCGACCAAUGGAAUUAUUUGAAGGAAGUAGUUUUAAUUUACAAAAUGGUAUAUUACCAAUGAGAGCAUCUGCAUAUGAUUGUAUCACUGGGGAUUUAGAACCUGUUCAUUUAGCACCAUUCUUAAUUCAAUUAAUUAAAAAUUCUGAAAAGUCUAUUACAACGUUAUACUUAGGCUCAGCUCAGUCAAUUAUACACGGUCAUUGGAGUGAAUGGAGUCAAGAAUAUUGGACUGUACGUCGAAGCAUUACAAUAGCAAAUCAUUUACGUGAUAUUGGUGAUAAUUACCGUGCAGCUUAUUUACAUUCUAAUGAUAUUUCAGAUCGUACAGUACCACCAUCAAUAGUUGAAAAUCUUGGUCCAGGUUCCAGUUGGUUACGUUCACAAUGGCCACUUUCACCAGCUCUAGGUGGACCAUAUGUAGCGGUUCAUUGGCGUCGUGGAGAUUUUGUUACUACAAGUACUAGCGCUACAGCAGCAACUGUUACUACUACUAGUCGAUCUCCUAAUAAUGUUUUAGCAGCCCAACAAAUUCUAAAUGCUGUCAAGAUAUUCAAUCAGUAUGAAGAUCAAUACAUCGAUACAAUUUAUCUAGCCACGGAUGCUGAUAAAGAAGAACUUGAAAAUCUGAAAAGUUUACUUUAUCCACUUCAUAUAUUUCAUUUUGAACCAACUGAAUCCGAGUGGAUAUCUUAUGGCCCAGGUGGUUCAGCAAUUAUAGAUCAAUGGAUCUGUGCACAUGCCAGAUAUUUUAUUGGAACUAGUUCAUCAACAUUUACUUAUCGUAUUAUUGAAGAACGUUCUAUUAUGGGCUUUUUAGUAAAUACCACCUUAAAUAAUUUAUGCCCAAAUGGACCAAUAUAUUUAUAUAAACCAAAUUAUUAUAAUACAGAAUUAUCUACAUGUCAAUCAUUAACUGAAUGGCCAGUGAUUUAUGAAAAACAAUACACUAUCUCAUCACCAUCAUCAUUACCAGUGAUCAAUGAGAAACUACUUUUAAAUAAAUAUAAUAAAGAUGAAUUAUGAUGAUGAAACCGAUACAGAAUAUUAUCCAUCUACUAUCACUAUACUACUACUACUACUACUAUUGCUGCUGCUGCUGCUGCUACUGGCUUCAAUCGUUCUCUCUUUUAUGUUCCUUUCUAUUUUGUUUGUGACUCU